GUUCUUGUUGUUCAUUUCCUCUCUCUCUCUCUCUCUCUCUCUCCAAAAUUCAAGAGAGAGAAAGAAAAACCGUGUGGGAUCAAAGUGGUGAUCUUGAUCAAUCCCUCAGCCUCGUUUCUUUGACCUUUAAGCAAUUCACUUUCCAAAUUCUUCCUUUCCCAUUUCUCUUUCUGCAGAUUUUUCUUCAGUUUCAGACUCCUUUUUACCAUUUUUUUCUGUUCCUCUCUCAUUGGAAAAAAAAAAAACAACAUUAAAAAAAAAAACAAUCUUUCAAAGUUAGUUGCCAUUGUUUCUUUGCAUCUCCAUCAGCAUGUUCAUGAUGAUCAUCACAAACGCAAACAAAUUGUGGGUUUGUUUUUUGCACACAUGGUGAUUGAUGAAUUGCCUUGUUUUAUUUAAUUUUUUUCACCCUUUUUCUUUCCACAAUCGGCAAUCACCAUUCUGUGGAUCAUUGAUCAUUGAUCAUUCCAUGGUUCUCAAUUUUGCUGUAAGUCUUUAAUGGCACACCAAAAUUGAAACCUCAAAGUUUGAGUUUUUGUUUUAAAAAAUUAUUCUUUUAUGGUCAAAAUUUAUUAUUUUUGUUUUUUGUGAUCAUGGGUUGUGCUAGUUCCAAGCAAAAGAAACGUUGCCGCCAUUGCAAUGCUCCAUAUUCUCCUGUUUCCAGAAGCUACUCAAUGCAUGUUCAUCAUCCUCCACAAGCUGAAGGUGAUAACUACCAUGUUGUGGCACUCAAAUCCACCACCCUAGACAGCAUGAAGCUCAAUCCCCCUGCUCCAAAGCCUUCAUCUAAAGAAAUGCUUACAAACAGUGAGAGUUUCAGGUUUGAUCAUGGAACAAGCUUCAUCCCAGAGAAAGAGAAGGAGGGGAUUAAGAAGAAGGAAGAGUUUUCAAUGGAGUUGGUUGAAGCCAAGACUUGGUCCAACAUGAUUGAGCAAAAGUUGACAAAAGUUGUUCCUAAAACACCAACAAGAACACCACCUGGUGAACCUGAAACAAUCAACACAUGGGAAUUGAUGGCAGGGCUUGAAGACACAAGCCCUUACAGGUCACCAAAUCACUUCAAGAGCUUCUCUUUUGAUAUCAAGGGUGAUGAUGAUGAUGAUGAUGAUGAUGAUGAUGAUGAUGAUGUUGAUGAUGAUGUCCAAGCAGAACUUAGAACUCCAGUAUCAAAAGCCCUUGUUGAUGAUCCACCAAGGUCAUUGUGGAUUAGAAUGAGUGAAGAAGAAGCAAGACUCAACCCUGCAAUCUCAGAGUUUGAUCCUGAAGUCAUUGCAUCUUUUAGAAAAUCAUUGAUGCAGCUAUCACCUGAAAGCCCUUUUCACCUUAGGCCAUCAACAUUGUGUGAUGAAGAGAAACAAGUAUCCAAUAAGAAGAGCAAAGGCAGAGGAGGAGGGGGUGACGAUGAUCGAGUAGUUUCGAAUUCGAAGGAUGUUGAUCUUCUUGUUCAUCCUUCUUCUUGUGGGAAGGAAAAAGUUGUGUUGUACUUCACAAGCCUUCGUGGGGUGAGGAAGACUUAUGAGGAUUGUUGCCAGGUGAGGAUGAUCCUCAAAGGGAUGCAUUUAAGGAUGGAUGAGAGGGAUGUUUCGAUGCAUUCGGGGUUCAAGGAGGAGCUGAAAGAACUUCUUGGUGAUGCAUAUAGUGGUGGAGGGUUGCCAAAGGUGUUUGUUGGGAGGAACUACAUUGGUGGAGCUGAAGAGAUUCAGAGAUUGCAUGAAGAUGGGAAGCUUGAGAAGAAAUUGGAAUGUUGUGAGAGGAUUGAAGAGAAAGUUUGUGAGGUAUGUGGUGAUGUUAGAUUUGUUCCUUGUGAAACAUGUUCUGGAAGCUGUAAAAUCUACUAUGAAGGUUAUCAUGAAGAAGAAGAGCAACGAGAUUGUGAUUGUGAUGAUGGUGGAUUCCAACGUUGCCCUGAUUGCAAUGAAAAUGGACUAAUUCGUUGCCCCAAUUGCUGCUAUUAGUUUCAUAUACUUCCAGGUGAUACUUACAUAAAGACCUUUUCUUUUUUUGAGUUUUUAGUCCUUUAUUUUCUCUGUGAGAUUUUGUUGUAUAGUGAACUUUUUUUAGCAUGCUUGAUACUAUUAGUGAAGAUCAUGGAAUUGUGCAAUAGAAAGAGUGAAAUAUUGUGUUCUAAUU